AUGGAGAAUGGUUUCAAGGAACACUUAAUACGAAAGCUGGGUGAUUGUGCAUAUGAACCUACUGUGACAGGUUUUCAUGCAUUACUAGAAGAGUUAAAGCGUAAGGGGAAGCAACGAGCAUAUAACUUCUUGUCAGGGUUAGAACUAGAACAUUGGGCAAAUGCUUACUUUAGAGGACAACGAUAUGGUGAGAUGACAUCCAAUGCUGCUGAAUCAUUCAACAAUUGGAUUAAAGAAGCACGAAAUCUUCCAAUAACAAAAUUGGUUGAUACUAUUCGGAAUCAAAUAAUGUGUCAAAUGUCAGAGCGAAGGGAUAUUGCAAACAAGUGGAAUGGAAUUAUUUGCCCUACCUUUGAGACUAACCUCCAAGAUUCAUUCAAUUCUAGUAGGUCAUGGAAUGUGAGUAAAGCUAAUGAUGAUGUGUUCGAGGUGCAUUCGUUUCCAUCAGUUACGGUUGAUGUUGGACGCUGUGUUUGUUCUUACUACCAAUGGCAAAUAAAUGGAUUUCCUUGUGAACAUGCUGUUGCAGCUAUCCAAAGGAGUGCAUAUAAUCUUAAUGAUUGUGUUGAAAAAUAUUUUCAUGUAGAGAAUUAUAGGGAAGCAUAUGCAGCAGCUAUUUUCCCAAUACCAUCUAUGGAGAAACCAAAUUUUUGCUCUAGCGAUUUCAUCAUAUUACCUCCAAUUGUAAAACGGCUAGCUGGUAGGCCGAGAAAGAGUAGAAUACCAUCUUAA